CCAUGACGGCGUCUCCCGAUUACCUGGUGAUCCUCUUCGUGACCACGGCGGGCACUAAUGGGGCCAGGCUGGGCUCGGAUGAGCGAGAACUUCUCCAGCUUUUGUGGAAAGUGGUCGACCUGAGGAGCAAGGAGCUGGGGCACCUGCACGACGUGCUGGUCCGGCCUGACCACCCGGAGCUGACGACUGAGUGCCAGCAGAUCACCCAGGUGGAUGUGGAGAGCCUGGCACUGGCUCCACCGCUGGAGCAGGCACUGAGACAGUUUAAUCAGUCUGUGAGCAACGAGCUGAACAUUGGUGUAGGUACUUCCUUCUGUUUCUGUACUGAUGGGCAGCUGCACAUUAGGCAGGUUCUGCACCCUGAAGCUUCCAAAAAGAACAUCCUGCUGCCCGAAUGCUUCUACUCCUUUUUUGACUUGCGGAAAGAGUUCAAGAAGUGCUGCCCUGGCUCCCCUGAGGUUAGCAAACUCAAUGUUGCAGCCAUGACAGAAUAUUUAAAUCUUGACAAGAACAGUCCAGCAUAUUCCUAUGGAGCCUCUCAAGUUGAAGACAUGGGGAAUAUUAUUUUAAGGCUAAUAUCUGCACCAUACAAUCACCGCUUCUCAGAUCCAGAAAGGGUGAACUACAAAUUUGAAAGCGGGCCUUGCAGCAAGAUGGAACUCGUGGAUGACAACGCUGUUAUCCGAGCAAGAGGGUUGCCGUGGCAGUCAUCUGACCAGGACAUAGCAAGAUUCUUCAAAGGCCUAAAUAUUGCCAAGGGAGGUGCUGCGCUCUGUCUCAAUGCCCAAGGCAGGAGGAAUGGGGAGGCUCUGGUGAGGUUUGUAAGUGAAGAGCACAGAGAUUUAGCGCUGCAGAGGCACAAGCACCACAUGGGCAAUCGAUACAUUGAGGUCUACAAAGCAACAGGUGAAGACUUCCUUAAAAUUGCAGGAGGCACUUCCAACGAGGUGGCACAGUUCCUGUCGAAAGAAAACCAAGUGAUCGUCAGGAUGCGAGGCCUCCCUUUCAACGUAACCACAGAAGAGGUGCUGACAUUCUUUGGCCAGCACUGCCCUGUCACAGGAGGAAAGGAAGGAAUCCUCUUUGUCACAUACCCUGACAGCAGGCCAACAGGGGAUGCCUUUGUCUUGUUUGCUUGCGAGGAGUACGCACAAAACGCACUGAAGAAGCAUAAAGAGUUGCUAGGGAAGAGGUACAUCGAGCUCUUCAGGAGCACUGCAGCAGAAGUUCAGCAGGUGCUGAACAGGUACUCAUCCACACCUCUCAUCCCUCUCCCAACACCACCUCUUCUGCCAGUAUUACCUCAACAAUUUGUGCCUCCCAGCACCGUCAGAGACUGCAUACGGCUGCGUGGGCUUCCCUACGCUGCCACCAUAGAGGACAUCCUGGAGUUCCUGGGGGAGUUUUCCACGGACAUCCGCACCCACGGCGUCCACAUGGUACUAAAUCACCAGGGCCGUCCCUCGGGAGAUGCUUUUAUUCAGAUGAAAUCUGCAGAUCGAGCUUUCCUGGCUGCACAGAAGUGUCACAAGAAGACUAUGAAGGACAGAUAUGUUGAAGUCUUUCAGUGUUCUGCUGAGGAGAUGAACUUUGUGUUAAUGGGGGGCACUUUAAAUCGCAAUGGCUUGUCCCCACCACCAUGUAAGUUACCAUGCCUUUCACCCCCUUCCUACUCCUUUCCAGCUCCUGCUGCAGUUGUGCCGACAGAAGCUGCUCUGUACCAGCCCUCCAUGCUGCUGAACCCACGAGCGCUCCAGCCUUCCACUCCCUACUACCCUGCUGGGGCUCAGCUCUUCAUGAACUACACAGCUUACUACCCCAGUAUGCAGCAGAGGAUGGAAUUAUACACACAAGUCAUCCGGCCAGGACAGUGUCCAAAGAAUGGAUUUGCAUUUAAAGGCCCCAGCAGUUAGACUUCCCUAGAGAAGCUAGGGUUUCACCCCGGAUUUCUGCCCUGAAGACGAAGUACAGCUGCAGCUUGACCUCCAACUCACACUCUGCAAGGUUUAGAAGAAGUAAAUCAGAGCUUUGCUACCAAGAAGCGACCAAGCUACUAUCUUUUGAAGCCAAAGGGAUAUGCAAGUCAAAAGUAUCUACCAAAAAGCAACUAAGGAGAACAAAGCUACUUAACAUUUGGGAAGAGCAAUCCGAUAUGGGCAAAAGAGA